ACACACACACUCUCUCUCUCUCCAUGGGUUCCCGCUUUUUUCUUUGAUUUCGCCUAUCCACUGCCUUCUUUCACCUGCAUUUGCUGAUUCGGUACCCUACCAUCCUUCUUCAAUCUUGGUUAUCAUUAUGAAUCUUGUACGUUUUGAUGAAUCGAUCGCCACCGGUCAUAGUAAUCGUCCAGAUGUAUGCGAUUUGUUUAGUAUGCGUCUUCUUGAUGGACAUCGAUCUUAUCAUUUACGGGGUUCUACUUUUGAUUGGCGAAUAGGUUUAGUUCACGUUUUCUUGGAUCGAUCGCCACUGGUCCUUGAGGUUAUCACAAAGCCAAGAUUCGUCUCAGAUAGACAAGAUUUGAUGAUUAUACAGUAUCUUGAUGGACAAGAUUUUAGUCGUACGUCUUCUUGAUGGACAAGAUUUGAUGAUUAUACGCCAUCGCCACUGGUCCUUGAGGUUAUCACAAAGCCAAGAUUCAUCUCAGAUAGACAAGGUUUGAUGAUUAUACGUCUUCUUGAUGGACAAGAUUUAAUGUCUGUGUUAAGUUCGUGUGCUGUUGGUUCGAUCGCUUCGUUGUGGUUCCUGCAAAGCCAAGAUUCAGAAACUUGUUCUGAGAUGGACAAGGUUUGGAUAAUCAUACGUCUCCUCUGUGAUAUUAUUACCCAUCRUUUUCUACUAAUCAUGUACUUGAGUUCUUUUACGUUUGCAGUGGGUGAUGACUCUCCAUCAGUUUGGUUCUCUUCUUGCACGCUUCUGUUUGUAGUCAUAUGCGUGGAUAUCUUCAGCGCAUGCACAGGUGUUUCACAAUGAUUGAUUGAAGAAUAGGUGUUUGAUCGAACAUCUUUGUUUAGGAUUUGUAUUGGCGAUGCAUGAAGUGUUGAUGUAUAGAUCAGGCAAGACUGCAGCAGGUACUGAUUUGCAUUUGUAUAAUGGCCUUGCCA